GUUAUUCAGCAUCUCCAUCUCGACCACCCAGGAAAGCUUGUCUUAUUUUUAAGUCCUCAGGGCAAAUCACUUACAACUUCAGUCACAGAAUCCGUCCGCGGCACAAGUAAGGAAGACGCAGGAACAGAUGGAAUUUACAGUGGAUCUGGUGUUGUGAUUGGCAUUGGAGUGGGAUGUGCACUUGUGCUUGGAAUCUUUAUCACUUUUCUUGUUGUAUCGUGCAAGCGACGGGAAUCGAACAACGAACAGCAAGAAGCAAAACCAGCAGUUGGGAACCCAGUGGUCGAGAUUCAAAUGGAAAGAUCAAUAGAGGAUGUUUCAAUCUCCGGAGAACAAGACGGUCAAUCGACAUACCAAGACCUUCUUACCAAUAAUGGACAAAGUAAUGGUGGAGCUGAUCCUUCGGAAGGUUACUAUGGUUACUGUUCUCUUUACCAAAGUGUGGACAAGAACGCACCAGUUACAGUUGCACCAGUUUACCAAAAUGUACACACACCAGAGUCAGCACCAGAUUAUCAAAAUGUGCAGACACCAGUAACAGCACCAGACUAUCAGAAUAUGCAGACCCUGAAGGGUGGCGUACCAUAUGCUCCAGUGCACAGCCUUGAGUCCAAACAGAAUCAAAAUAUGAUCUCCUAAAGGGGUCUGGUAGGCAAAAUGUGUAUGAGCCCCUUAACGAAAGUGGCUACUUAAUUGCACGGAAAACUAACGGGCCUUGAGGUAAUGACAAAGAAGCUACAUUCGGUCCAAUGUUGAUUCAAGUCAAGUGCUGUUCGGGAUCUAUGAGUUGUCAGUAAAAAAGUCAACACUGACUCUCCAUUUUUUCAGAGAUUUGAUAAAGAAUAUGCUUAGUAUAAAUUUUUUCAAAAUUUUUUCUCUCUACACUUUGACAUGAAUUUUGUUACAAUUUAGAAGUGAAAUUAUUAUUUUUUAUGAAGAAGUAGUGAGAAACAGGUGUUGCCGAGGUCGGUAAGGAAUUUUUCUUCCUUUUGAAGGUUAAACCGUGUUUUGUGUACCGCAGGUGGACUUACCGGCGGGCAUGUCUCGAUCGGUCAUCCCAAGUGGGACGCAGAAAAAAAAGUUUCCAAAAUGAGAGAGGAUUAUGCUGAACUUUGAUCUUUAAUAUUUCUUGACAUUUUUUACCAUUUUCUUCCCUUUACACAUAACAUUUGUAGAAUAAAGUGUAUUAUUAUCCA